CGUCACUGCUCCAAGGACUCUCGGAACUGCCGCCCGCUCCACAAUCUGCACGCUUGCGCAAAAGCGCUAGCGGUUGCCCUUCCCCCACCUAUAGUCGCGAGUGGGUGACAGAGCCCCCUUCUCCGCGAGCCUCGUGACCCGGAACCGCGAGUGGAGGCUAAACCCCUCCAGUUGUGCCUUUGUGCUUCUGUGCCUUUACCCCAACCCAGAAAAUGAUGGGGUCCCAGCUAAUCACUUUAGAAGGAACUGUGUCAUUUCAGGGGUCCGUUUCAUUCACUGAUGUGACUGUGGACUUCUCCCAGGAGGAGUGGGAGCAGCUGGACCCCUCCCAGAGGAUUCUGUACAUGGACGUGAUGCUGGAGAACUACAGCAACUUACUUUCAGUGGAAGUAUGGAAGGCUGAUGACCAGGUGGAAAAGGACCCCAGAGAACCGGAUAAGCAGGCACGAUCACUUACAACCCUCAAGAACCAACCACCAACUGAAGAAAGAGGCAGUCUCUUUGGAAAUACAUUGAAUCUGAACACAGACUUGGUGUCGUUACGACAAGUUCCCUACAAGUAUUAUUUAUAUGGGAAAACCUUGAUGUACAAUUCAGACCUGCUCAGCAGUAGGAGCUGUGUAGUAGAGAAAGGAGACGAGUGUGGUGGACUUGGGGAACCACUUCUGUACCUGAAACAAGAGAAGCCCCGUGCUGGGCUUCAGUACUCAGAAUAUAACGGAAAUGGAAGGGCUCUCAGCCAUACGGACGCCAUCUUUAAACAUCAGAAAAUUAAGAGCUUGGUUCAGCCUUUUGUCUGUAAUUACUGUGACAAGGCCUUCUCCUUCAAGUCCCUGCUUGUUAGCCACAAGAGGAUCCACACGGGAGAAAAGCCCUACGAGUGCAAUGUGUGCCAGAAAACCUUCUCCCAUAAGGCAAACCUCAUCAAGCACCAGAGAAUUCACACUGGAGAGAAACCCUUUGAGUGUCCCGAGUGCGGGAAAGCAUUUACCCACCAGUCAAACCUUAUUGUGCACCAGAGAGCACACAUGGCGAAGAAGCCCUAUGGAUGCAAUGAAUGUGGAAAGACAUUUGCUCAGAAGUUUGAGCUCACCACACACCAGAGAAUUCACACAGGAGAGCGGCCCUAUGAGUGUAACGAAUGCGCAAAAACCUUCUUUAAGAAAUCAAACCUCAUCAUACAUCAGAAAAUUCACACAGGGGAGAAACGCUACGAGUGCAGUGAGUGUGGGAAGUCAUUCAUCCAGAACUCCCAGCUCAUCAUCCACAGGAGAACCCACACCGGGGAGAAGCCCUAUGAGUGCACGGAGUGUGGCAAGACGUUCAGCCAGAGGUCAACGCUCAGGCUACACCUGAGAAUCCAUACGGGAGAGAAACCCUACGAGUGUUCGGAGUGUGGGAAAGCCUUCAGCAGGAAGUCUCGCCUCAGCGUCCACCAGAGGGUUCACAUGGGAUAGUCCUGAGGUCACAGGCAAACUGCUGCAGAAAACCAUCAAGCCAGAAUUCUUCUGGUGAGGGGGAAGCCCUCAUGAAGAUACUGAAGGAACUUGGGAAAUUCUAUUAAGAUGUAAUCGAACUCAAAAACUGUAGAAAGGGUACCUAAGAAUAUUAUACUAAGGCCUGGAGAGAUGGCUCAGUGGUUAAGAGCUCUGGCUGCUCUUCCAGAGGCCCUGAGUUCAAAUCCCAAUAACCACAUGGUGGCUCACAAUGAACUGUAAUGGGAUCUGAUGCCUUCUUCUAGUGUGUCUGAAGACAGCUACAUUGUAUUCGUUUACAUAAAAUAAAUAAUUCUUUUUAUAAAAUA